AGGUCCGAAUGAGCUGUCCCCUGACAGUUCAUGAUGAACCAGGGUGGGCAACAAUGGGGAGCCAUGUGGGGGCCCGAGCAGACUCCUGCCCAAUGUCCCUGCCCCCCAGGCUUCCUACCCAGGGCAGGCAGGGGGUUCACAGUUCCUCACAGCUGCUUGUCCAUCUCUUACCAUCAGAGCCCUACACAGAUACAAAAUUUGUAUCUGCAUCCGCACUAGCCGCAAAAAUGGUCCAUGGAUGUCCGCAGAUAUGAAACGGUUCCCCACGGAUUUGCAGGGCUCUACUCUUCUGUGCUUGAAAUACAUGGGAAAUAUUAGUUUUGCCAUCUGCUCUGGGGAGCCAUAUAGAUGUGCUAAAUGCCUAAAACCAAUCCAGACGCAAGUGCGGACUUGGAAGGAAAAGAUAAAAGAUCUCAGAUUCAGACUGUCCAAGGAGAGGAGAAAACAGAAAUGCCUGACAGUCUGCUAUCUGGCAUGGAGAAGAAAUGGAAUCCAUUUUUGGCAAAGGAGAGGGAAAACUUAGGUGAAAGGGUGAAUGUGACUCUGGAUCCAGACACGGCUCAUCCCCAACUCGUCCUGUCUGAGGAUGGGAAAAGUGUGAGAUGGAAAGACAUAUGGCAGGAUCUGCCCGACAACCCUGAGAGAUUUGACUCUUGGGCCUGUGUGCUGGGCUGUGAGGGAUUCACCUCGGGGAGACAUUGCUGGGAGGUGGAGGUGGGGGGUUGGGGAGUCUAUGUUGUGGGGGUGGCCAGAGAGUCUGUGGGGAGGAAGGGAGAGAUCAGCUUUAGCCCCGAGGAGGGGAUCUGGUCUGUAGGUCAGGCUGGAGGUCAGUACUGGGCUCUCACCUCGCCUAAGAAAGUCAUCUUGCCUCUGAGCUGCAUCCCCCAGAGGAUCUGGGUUUCUCUGGAUUACGAAGAGGGGCUGGUGACAUUUUUUGAUGCUGAUAAUGAGUCCCUCAUCUUCCCCUACCAGAGGGCCUCUUUCACUGGGGAGAGAGUCCUCCCUUUUUUUGUGUGUGAGGAAAGUGUCCAGCUCACACUGCCUCCUUCAGAGAUGAGGGUUUAA